GAACCCGGACGCUCGGAGCACAGCGAGAGUCUCACUAGACAACAGAGGACGCACAGAUUCCGCUCUGGAUAUUAUACCAAGACCCGGUUGGAUGUGCAAUAUGACUUUUGAAGAUACCAGUGGAGAUAAUUCAACAGAAAGAAUGGACUCGGUGGCUACAGCGUUAGAGGAGGUCCUGAGCUCUGCAUUGCCUCAGGGUUGCAUCACUGUCGGAGUUUAUGAAGCAGCAAAGUCACUCAAUGUGGAUCCAGACAAUGUGGUGUUGUGUCUACUGGCCACAGAUGAUGAGGAGGAUGUGGCUCUGCAGAUUCACUUUACCUUGAUACAGGCAUUCUGCUGCGAGAAUGACAUCAACAUCCUGCGUGUGAGCAACAUGAGGCGUCUGGCAGAGAUACUCGGCGGAGUGAAGCCUGGAGGAGAACCAAUGGACUUACACUGUGUUCUAGUUACUAAUCCACAGUCAUCCCCGUGGAAGGAUCCUGCACUGAGCAAGUUGAACAGAUUCUGCAGAGACUGCCGGUGUUUGGAUCAGUGGGUGCCUGUUAUCAACCUUCCUGACCGAUGAAGCUGCUUGGAAUAUAAAUGUAUUGUGUGCAUUGGGGAAAAAGUAACUGCCUAAGGCCUGUGUUAAUGUCUGUGUUGGACUUGAUUGGAAAGCGCCUCAGAGAGAGAGAGAAGUGGAGAGGGAGCGACGGGAGAGUUAGGAGAAGGAAGGGGGGGGGGGAAAAAGAGCACAAGCGGUCCAACAAAUUUACCAGGUCAGGGUGAACUUGUGGGCCAAGGAAGAGUGACUCAGCUGUCUGGGUUCCCGGAUUUUCUAACGUAUGACUGCGCCUUUCUCUGCCGAGAAAGAAUCAUUUUCGAGGAAACUGAAUCAUGUGAGCAUGGAGCACACGUGGUGCCGAGCACAGGCGCAUGGACUGGGGGAAAAGCCGACAGAGUGUCUCAGCUGACAAGACUCCAGGAACUGGACCACACCAGAGUGGAUCAGUCAGCUGUCAGCUUGAAAAACUCCUCAUGAAAAUUUGACCAAAUUGACUCAGCAUUUCUUCAAGAGAACAUUUACUUAAUCUUAUUUAAAAACUUGUCACUUUGAUAACUCAAAAGGGAAAGUUUUCACAGUUUAUUAUUAUUAUUAUUAUUAUUAUUAUUAUUAUUAUUAUUAUUAUUAUGGACAAUACAAUGUUUGUCCGGUAACUUGUUGUUAUGUUAUUAAUUUAAUGAGUUAUAUUUAUUGUGCAUAGUUGAAAAGAUUGUGCCUUGAAAAGUUGAAUAAAAUAAUAUUUAAAAACA